AUGAACGUCCAAUUUCGACAUUCCCUAUCCACCAUUGAAGACAGACUCAAUGCUCUUAUUACAAGUCUUACUACGUCGCCUACCGCUUCUGGAGCUCCUGCAGCAGCUCUGGCACUGCUAGAUGCGAACGACUCGCUCACAUCGGCCAUUGACACACUUCGCCAGCAUCAGGAGAACUAUGACCGGAUUUUGCGACUUCGCGCAGAGGCAGAGAGUUUGGAGGAAAAGGUCAAGGGCGUUGUGAGAGAAGUCGUGGAGUACGAGAAGGAAAUACGAGCAGUCUGCGGUGACGAUGACAUGAGUGACUCGGAUGUGGACGAUGACGGUGCAUACGCGAUCGACGAUGCCGACCGGAUGGAAACCAGGCCAGGCGGGUUGCGCAGAACAAAGGAGAUCGACUACAAAUUGCUCUUGGAUUUUGCGCGACGGAUCAGCAAAUACAACCACCAAGCGGCGGCGGAUGCAGCAGCUUAUGCGGUCCAAGAGGCGCAAGCGCGAGGCAAACGACUACCAGCGGGUGAUCAAGAUGUCGCAAUGACGGGCGUUAAUGGCGGUCCUGUUACGGAGGAAGGCGCAGAGCCGGUCUCGUCUGUCACCAAAGAAGCGACAUCCUGGCUGGAUGAAUCGGCGAAGAUGACUCGCCAGGCCUACAUGGUCCCCUACCCGAUGGAGGAUCGAAUUCGGAUGGGCGUGAUGGGCCAGAUUCAGCUGGCUGCCGCCGAAGGUCGACCGGGCUUCGACUCCGACAAAGAAGUGGAACGGCUGAUACGCGAGGCGGAGGGCCUGGGGGCUGCGGAGCCAACUGCGCCGGCACAAGCGCCUGUCGGCGAGGAGACUCGCCAUGCGAAUGAAGCAGCCAAAGCUGCAGCUCAUGCGGGUGCGGCAAGCAGCGGAGCGACCGCGGCACCUGUACCUGCACCUGCACCUGCACCUGCGCCCAAGCCCAAAACCACCCUAGACCUCGACCUUUACGAUCCUGAGGAUGAUGAAAUGUGA